UAAUUCAUACUUCAUUUCGAUUAGAAUAAAUGAUCAAAGUGGAUAAUUGUACCAAUUUACAACUAAUUUAUCCGAUAACCUCUCUUUUGCUCCGUUUCGUUAAGCUCUCGAGAGCUAAAUUUACGAGUAUGAACUUGCGUUGUGAUUCUUGAGUCCUGAUUGAAAGGUGAAGAAGAAGAACGAACUAGAAUGAUGUAUGGUGCGGUUAGUAGGUUAUAAACGAAGAAGAAUACAGGUAUUACAAAGAUUCCUCUGCUUUUGUCCGAAGAACUUAACAUCAUUCAAAGAGGGAAGUCAGGCGGAGCAAUGGCCUGUCUCUCGUCAGUCCUGAUAGCAGGGAUCUUGGUACCCCUUGUGGAACCUUCCAUUGCCAAGCAGUACAACUUGCUAGUCUUGUGUCCGAUUGGGCCACGCAGCGUCUACCGCCUGACGCUUCAUCUCUCCGAGAUCCUUGCCAACGCCGGUCACCUCGUCACCCACGUGUCGACUUAUGGACCUUCCUCCAAACACCCGAACGUCACAGAAGUUCCCACAGGGGCAUCUGUCGAGCAAUUGGAAGCCAUGAACAUCUUCCACUAUAGGAACACUAUGGCCGGAUACGACUGGAUCAGAGACGUCAUUGAAAAAACAGGGGACGCGAUGUGGAGGAACGAGCACAUCAGACACCUUUGGGCGAGACGGCGUGAUUUUGACGCUGUUGUGAUUCUCAGUACAAUGAACGAAAUUGCUGGUCCUUUCCUGAUGGACUACAAUGGAGCGUUUGUUACCUUGUGCUCCUCUGGAGCUGCUGUAGAGGCCCUGAGCAUAGCCGGGCAGGGCAAUUGGCUCCCUCUGUCUGUGAUACCGAAUAAGUUGGUGUAUGAUGAUCACGUCUCCUUUCUCGAGAGGCUGACAAAUGUGUGGAGGACGUGGGCCUUGUACAGUGAAUACGAGGAGACAUCCAUCUCCAUGUCUCAGAAAAUUCUCGAAAGAUAUAUUCCUGGCAUGCCCCCAGUGGGACAGCUUUUUGAGAGGGUCCAUCUGACCUUGAUCAACGGUCACUUUGCGCUAGAUGGACCUAUGCCUUUGCUCCCCACUCAGGUUGAGAUCGGAACCAUCACUGCAAAGCCUCCCAAACCUUUGCCCAGUGAUCUCGAGGAAUUUGCUGAGUCAGCUGGCGACUCGGGCAUCAUACUUUUCACCCUGGGCAGCUAUGUGAAGAGCAGUGAUAUACCCAAUCAGUGCAAGGUAAUUUUUCUUGAGGUUUUUAGAAGACUGCCUCAGAAGGUCAUUUGGAAAUACGAAGAGGAUGACCUGGAUCUCCCGCCAAAUGUCAUUACGAGGAAGUGGCUGCCGCAGCAGGAUAUUCUGGGACAUCCUAAAACGCGGCUUUUCAUGUCUCACUGCGGUAAUUUUGGAGUUCAGGAGGCGAAGUACCAUGGGGUUCCAAUUCUGGGUUUCCCUGUAGCCUUCGACCAGAACAGCAAUGCGGUUCAGAUGGCCAACAAAGGACUAGGUCUAGUGAUCAGAUGGGAGGAGCUGACAAGAGAGCUGCUCUUCACGUCAAUCCAGACUCUUAUAAAUGACCCAUCAUACGCUGCCAGGAUGAAGCGAGUGUCAGAAGCGGCUCAGGAUCAGAAGGAGACGGCAGCCGAGAGAGCCAUCUGGUGGAUUGAGUACGCCAUUCGCUGUAACGCUCGCAACUGCUCUUAUGCCGAGUACGGGGGCAAGACGCUCCAUUUCUUCCAGUACGUGAUGGCAGACGUGGCAGUCUUCUUGGUGCUAGCCUUCCUUGCGCUAGUGUCUUUCUCCUGUUAUGUCUGUGCAUGUGCGUAUAGAAUUAUCUCCAGAGUUUGGAGAAGACGAGCAAAGGAAAAGAUCAACUAACAAUUAUUGUUAAUCUGAACAAGAACCCUUUUCAUAUGGAACAAGGCCCCAAAAGGGGUCAUUAGCUUGAAAUUCAAGUUUCCGAAGAAUAUUAGUGUUCAUUCUAAAGAAGCAACAGAAAGUAAUAUUAAUAAAAAUAAUAAUCAUUAUUAUUAAUCAGAAGAUAAUAAAACUAAAUUGAUUUUGAAAGUAUAGCAUGUAAAAAAAACGGUACAAAAAUUCAAUAAUUUAAAUUUAAUAAAGUUAGAGAUAAUUUAUACCAACAAAACAGACAAUGUGAAUGCAUUAUAUAUAUAGUGUAGAAAUGACAAUUCUUCUAACUUGAAUAUUUAUGGGUAAACCUAUAACAGUGAACUUCAUAAUUAUCUGCUACGGGGCCUAAAGAUAUAGUAUCUGACCUCACUAACAGAUUUUAUAAGUAUAUUAUGCGUAAAUCUUUUUCAGCAUUUAGCUUGAUCAGCUGAAAUUAUGACUAUAUUCAUAGUUUAAGGAAGAAUUUUUAUAUUGCUUUCACUGGCUGUUUCCCUUAAGGUAGAACAAGGUUUAUGUGCUAUUCACUUAGAAGAAAUGGCCUUAAUUGUUUUCAUAACACUUCUUCAGUUAUGAUUAAAUAUAUAGAAUCAGAA